GUUGUCACUUGACCUAUAUCACAUGUUCCAGAUAUAGCCUUUGAGAAUACAUAUGGCCUUUAACAUAACCUCCGUGAAAACCUCUUCUAACGGAGCAUGGCAAGGCGACAAUCCCUUGAACUUUGCCUUUCCGUUACUCAUCGUCCAAACGGCAUUAAUUGUCGCCGUCAGUCGCUCCCUCGCCGUCCUCUUCAAACCUCUCCGCCAACCAAAAGUCAUCGCCGAGAUUGUCGGAGGGAUCUUGUUAGGACCGUCUGCUCUAGGUAGAGACCCGGCGUAUAUGGACCGUAUAUUCCCAGAAUGGAGUAUGCCGAUACUCGAGUCCGUCGCGAGCAUAGGACUCCUCUUCUUCCUCUUCCUCGUCGGUCUCGAGCUCGACUUGUCAUCCAUACGUCGAAGCGGAAAACGUGCUUUCGGAAUCGCAGCCGCCGGAAUCACACUCCCGUUUCUCGCCGGCGUAGGAGUCUCCUUCGUGAUCCGCAACACUCUCUACACCGCCGCAGAUAGACCUGGAUUCGUGGAGUUUAUCGUUUUCAUGGGAGUCGCUCUCUCCAUCACAGCUUUCCCCGUGCUCGCACGUAUCUUAGCAGAGCUGAAGCUUUUGACGACACAGAUAGGAGAAACCGCGAUGGCUGCAGCCGCUUUCAACGAUGUAGCUGCGUGGAUUUUGCUCGCUUUAGCGGUUGCGUUGGCGGGAAACGGCGGUGAGAGCGGUGGAGAGAAGAAGAGUCCGUUGGUGUCUGUUUGGGUUUUGCUAUCAGGUGUAGGGUUUGUGGUUUUCAUGUUGGUUGUGAUCCGACCCGUAAUGAAAUGGAUCGCUAAACGCGCAUCUCCUGAAAACGGUGCCGUACGGGAGUCUUACGUGUGUUUGACGUUAGCUGGAGUUAUGGUUUCCGGUUUAGCGACAGAUUUAAUCGGUAUUCACUCGAUUUUCGGAGCCUUUGUGUUCGGUUUGACUAUACCGAAAGAUGGAGAGUUUGGUCAGAGAUUGAUUGAACGGAUUGAGGAUUUUGUGUCCGGUUUACUCUUACCGCUUUAUUUUGCGACGAGUGGGCUGAAAACUGACGUGGCAAAAAUCAGAGGAGCUGUGUCGUGGGGGAUGUUGGGUCUUGUCGUGGUUACGGCUUGCGUCGGGAAAAUCGUCGGAACUUUUGCUGUGGCGGUUAUGGUUAAAAUUCCGGCAAGAGAGGCUUUGACUUUAGGUUUCUUGAUGAACACGAAAGGUUUGGUGGAGCUCAUUGUGCUCAAUAUAGGCAAGGAGAAAAAGGUGCUAAACGAUGAGACGUUUGCGAUACUGGUGCUAAUGGCACUCUUCACAACGUUCAUUACGACGCCGAGUGCAAUGGCCAUUUACAGACCGGCACGUGGAAUCCACCGCAAACUAAAGGACUUGUCGGCGAGCGAACACUCCUCUAAGGAAGAGCUUCGCAUCCUUGCCUGCCUCCAUGGUCCAGCCAAUGUCUCAUCCCUCAUCUCUCUCAUCGUGUCCAUCCGAACCACCAAGAUACUGAAGCUAAAACUGUUUGUCAUGCACCUUGUGGAACUAACGGAACGAUCCUCGUCAAUCAUAAUGGUGCGAAGAGCCCAGAAAAACGGUUUUCCUUUCGUCAACCGCUACCGUCACGACGAGUGCCACAGCAGCGUUAUACGAGGCUUCCAAGCCUAUCGUCAACUGGGCAGAGUCGCUGUCCGGCCUAUUACAGCAGUUUCUCCUUUACCUACAAUGCACGAAGACAUUUGCCUCAUGGCAGAGACCAAGAGGGUCACACUGAUCAUUUUACCUUUCCACAGACGAUGGAACGUUGAUCAUGGUCAUGGCCACCACCAAGACGGAGGAGAUGGGAACGUACCGGAAAACGUUGGUCAUGGUUGGAGAUUAGUUAACCAGAGGGUUUUGAAGAAUGCACCGUGUUCGGUGGCGGUUCUUGUUGACCGUGGGCUUGGGUCUAUUGAGUCCCAAAGUUCGAGUCUUGAUGGGUCGAAUGUCGUUGAAAGGGUUUGUGUGAUUUUCUUUGGUGGGCCUGAUGACCGUGAGGCUUUAGAGCUCGGCGGGAGGAUGGCUGAGCAUCCGGCCGUUAAAGUUACCAUUAUGAGGUUUUUGGUUGGGGAAACGUUGAGGAGUAACACCAUCACGUUACAUCCGGCACCGUCUAAAUGCAAGGAGAAGAAUUAUGCAUUCUUGACAACCAACGUGGAUCCAGAAAAAGAAAAGGAAUUAGACGAAGGAGCAUUAGAAGAUUUCAUGAGCAAAUGGAAAGAUCUGGUGGAAUACAAAGAGAAGGAACCAAACAACACAAUUGAAGAAAUACUGUCAAUAGGACAAAGUCAAGACUUUGACCUUAUAGUGGUUGGAAGAGGGAGGUCACCGUCCGUGGAGGUGGCUGCGUUAGCUGAGCGUCAGGCCGAACAUCCCGAGUUAGGCCCUAUCGGGGAUGUGCUUGCCUCUUCGAACAACCAUGUCAUCCCAUCAGUCCUUGUGGUUCAACAACACAACAAAGCUCAUGUUGAGGAGAUUACAGUUUCCAAAAUUGUUAAUGAGUCUUCUUUAAGUACUGAUGGAGAUGCAAAUGUAUGAUGUAGCUACUUGAACUUUACCUUAAUGGUUAAAGUGGUAAGAUUUGUAGAAAGAGUAUUCUACAUAUAAAUAACAGUAAUUAUGAAUC